AUGCGCCGACUGAUGAGCAAGAGGAUACAUAAGGAAAUCACUAGCUUGCCCUGGUUCUGCUUCCCCUCGCGCAACCCGGCAACGCCGUGGGUGCGCGAUGGCCGGCAGCCCAAUGAGUGGCUGAAACUGUUUUUUGACCUUGCGGUCGCAGCGGUGCUGUCCGUGUUUGCCACCUCACACGACCUGAACACCCCCGCCGAGAUCCCGGACUUCCUCGCAUACUUUACUAUCAUUCAGUGGAUGUGGACCAGUCAGCUGCACUACGACGGGCGCUACGAAAUGGACGACAGAGUACACCGGCUCCUGAAGGGAGUGCAUGUUCUGCUAUUUGUGUUUAUUGAAGCCGCCAGUGGCAAGUGGAACCUUGCCAAGAUCGUUAAGCCCCGCUAUAUUCCGGGAGGCCUGCGCGAUAACCCUGCAGAGCGGGUGGCGCACGUCCAAGCGCAUAACAGCUUCCUCACGGUUGCAAGGGCAGUGGUUGUGCAACGCGUAAUCCUUGCUGGGCAGUACGCUCUGGGUAUUGGGGAGGGCGUGAAUCAUCUCGCGCUCUUCUUCCAGCGGUCGCUCAGCGCAUGGGAUCAGGUGACUGCGGCCUUGUUUGGCCAGGUCCUCGUUGCUAUUGGAAUUCUCUACUGCCUUUGGGGCUUCCUCUUCUCCUUCUUGCGCAUGGCGGACAACGUUGACCCGGCGCGCACCGCCAUAUGGGAGUAUCUGCACUGGUUGCUGCACUUCGGCAUCUUCCUCCUGUACGCGGUGAUCACUAACAUGUCCGGCAUUUCCGUCUGGAAUCAUGUCGCGUCCCUCACGCAGUUGGAUGACGCAAUCGACGUUGACGCAUUGCUUGAUUCGGACGCGACGCAGAAGCUCUCGACGCUCCUCUCCCGCCUCGACCUCGACCCGGACUUUCACUACGAGAUUUGGAAAACAGCGUUCUUCGCAAUGGCACUGGAUGACCUCGAGCUUGACAAUCUCAUGGAACCAGACGAUCUCAAGCCCGUGUAUAAUCUUGUCUCCGUGGACUGGGCCGUUGCCAUCGUGUUCUUGGCAUAUCUUCUUACGACACUCCUGACAUCAGCUAGCAUGUCGUGGUCGGACUGGCGAACCAGGAAACGAAAAAUGCAGCUAAAGUCGAGAUCUGGCGUUUAGACCCUGUAUAACACCGCCAUCAUACCGCUGCAAGAGCUCCUGACGAUAACGCGAUUGUCAAAAUGGUCAGGAGCGCUGGCAGCUGCGAGUUUGCACAGUCUAAGACAAACCGACAACAAAACGAUGUCGACCUGAUUCGAACAGGCGCUCCCGAAGGAAAUUGAUAUGUAGAACAGCUCACUGGGUUCUAGUCAAUCGCGUUAACCACUCCGCCACGACACCCUUGACGAAAAAACUGGGCAGAACACAUGGGUGUUGGAAGUCCUCAAGAAC